GCGGAGGAGGCUGCGGCCGCAGAGGAGAGAGCGGGAGGAGGGAGGGAAGGCAGGAAGAGGGCAACCGAAGACCGGGCCAGGUGGCUGCACCGGUUGCUGGCUGCGCUGCGCUGCUCUCGGUUCCGACGGCCUUUCUCAUGCGCUGAGGGCGCCCGGCUGGGCCGGGCCGGCGGCCGGAGGGGAGACUCCUCUCCAUGGUCCAGAAGACCAGCAUGUCCCGGGGCCCUUACCCACCCUCCCAGGAGAUCCCCAUGGAGGUCUUCGACCCCAGCCCACAGGGCAAAUACAGCAAGAGGAAAGGGCGGUUCAAAAGGUCGGAUGGGAGCACGUCCUCGGAUACAACAUCCAACAGCUUUGUCCGCCAGGGCUCGGCGGAGUCCUACACCAGCCGUCCGUCGGACUCCGACGUGUCUCUGGAGGAGGACCGGGAGGCCUUAAGGAAGGAGGCAGAGCGCCAGGCAUUAGCCCAGCUCGAGAAAGCCAAGACCAAGCCGGUGGCAUUUGCUGUGCGGACAAAUGUCGGCUACAACCCGACUCCAGGGGAUGAGGUGCCUGUGCAGGGAGUGGCCAUCACCUUCGAGCCCAAGGACUUCCUGCACAUCAAAGAGAAAUACAAUAAUGACUGGUGGAUCGGGCGGCUGGUGAAGGAGGGCUGUGAGGUUGGCUUCAUCCCCAGCCCUGUCAAACUGGACAGCCUGCGCCUGCUGCAGGAACAGAAGCUGCGCCAGAACCGCCUCAGCUCCAGCAAAUCAGGUGACAACUCCAGCUCCAGUCUGGGAGACGUGGUGACUGGCACCCGCCGCCCCACGCCCCCUGCCAGUGGUAAUGAAAUGACUAACUUAGCAUUUGAACUAGACCCCCUAGAGUUAGAGGAUGAGGAGGCAGAGCUUGGUGAGCAGAGUGGCUCUGCCAAGACUAGUGUUAGCAGUGUCACCACCUCGCCACCCCACGGCAAACGCAUCCCCUUCUUCAAGAAGACAGAGCAUGUGCCCCCCUAUGACGUGGUACCUUCCAUGAGGCCCAUCAUCCUGGUGGGACCGUCGCUCAAGGGCUAUGAGGUUACAGACAUGAUGCAGAAAGCUUUAUUUGACUUCUUGAAACAUCGGUUUGAUGGCAGGAUCUCCAUCACUCGUGUGACAGCAGACAUUUCCCUGGCUAAGCGCUCAGUCCUCAACAACCCCAGCAAACAUAUUAUCAUUGAGCGCUCCAACACACGCUCCAGCCUGGCUGAGGUUCAGAGCGAGAUCGAGCGAAUCUUCGAGCUGGCCCGGACCCUUCAGUUGGUCGCUCUGGACGCCGACACCAUCAACCACCCAGCCCAGCUCUCCAAGACCUCACUGGCCCCCAUCAUUGUUUACAUCAAGAUCACCUCUCCCAAGGUACUUCAGAGGCUCAUCAAGUCUCGAGGGAAGUCUCAGUCCAAACACCUCAAUGUCCAAAUAGCAGCCUCGGAGAAGCUGGCGCAGUGUCCCCCCGAAAUGUUUGAUAUCAUCCUGGACGAGAACCAAUUGGAGGAUGCCUGCGAGCACUUGGCCGAAUACUUGGAAGCCUAUUGGAAGGCCACACACCCGCCCAGCAGCACCCCGCCCAAUCCGCUGCUGAACCGCACCAUGGCUACGGCAGCCCUGGCUGCCAGCCCCGCCCCUGUCUCCAACCUCCAGGGACCCUACCUUGCUUCCGGGGACCAGUCGCUGGAACGGGCCACCGGGGAGCACCCCAGCGUGCACGAGUCCCCAGGGGAGCCGGGCCACCCCCCAGGCCUUUACCCCAGCAGCCACCCACCAGGCCGGGCAGGCACCCUGCGGGCACUUUCCCGCCAAGACACGUUUGAUGCUGACACUCCUGGCAACCGAAACUCUGCCUACACGGAGCUGGGAGACUCAUGUGUGGACAUGGAGACUGACCCCUCAGAGGGGCCGGGGCUUGGAGACCCUGCAGGGGGCAGCACCCCACCAGCCCGUCAGGGAUCCUGGGAGGAUGAAGAUGAUGACUAUGAAGAGGAGCUGACCGACAACCGGAACCGCGGCCGGAAUAAGGCCCGCUACUGCGCGGAGGGCGGGGGUCCAGUUCUGGGGCGCAACAAGAAUGAGCUGGAGGGCUGGGGGCGGGGUGUCUACAUCCGCUGAGAGGCAGAGGACAUGCAGUGGGAGGAAAGGCUCUGAGCCCGGGGGAGGGGAGGGACAGAGGGGCUCACCACAGGGGACGUAUCUUGCCUCCAGGGGGCGCUGUCUCCCUCCUUUCAGAUGCCUUUGCUCGAUGUUUGGGAUUUCUGUGGUGGUAGCAUCCCAGCUCCUGGGAGUCCCUUAAGCCCCAGCUGUAGGUUUUUACCUACCUGCUGUGUGUGUGUGUGGGGGGGGGGGGGGUUGGGGGUUGCCCACCUUUCUGCAGUGCCCCUUUAUCCCCACCUCAGGGGGCUCUCUCCCCUCACUCUCCCAGAGAAAAGGUGCACUUCCUUAACUCUUUGUACUUGGGCCUCUAAAUGAGGGUCCUAAAUGGGGUGGCCCUUUCUUUUCCAAAGCUGGAGUAUUUGGGAAGGGUAGGGAGCUUCUCCUGGAGAGGGAGAGCACAGACUCUCUCCCAUGAAGGCUCUCUUUCCCAAACCCCAAAUCCAGGAUCCCUCACCAUGUUCUCCCUCCACCCAGCUUCCUGGCAGCAUUGUCUGAUAGAUAGGUGAAGGCUACAGCGGAAGCCCCAUGGGGAGCUUGUCUUGGGGGGGAGGGGGGCUCUGGGUGGAAGCUGGCAGGCAUCAGCAGUAGUGCCCUCUGCGUGCCCAGGACCUAGAACCCUGAGGAGUGGGUUGCAACCCGUGACACUGCUACCCACCCCACCUCUUCCAUCCUUGGCCCUUGCCAACCCUAGGAAUGAGCUUUGCCUACAACAUCCCUUGCCUGCUGCCAUCAGAAGAGGGGGCCCCGCUGCGUCUGAGCCCCCCAUGCUUGUGUCACCUCAGUGUGGAACCCAUAGACCACUCUGGUCCGCCUCAUCUUGAAACCAAAAAACUGCUCCUUCACUUUCACUCUCACUCUGAGGCCCCAGGGGAGAGGCCCUCUGGGUUGGUGCCCAAGAGGUGAUCACCCCAGAGGUUGCCUUGGAUCUCCCCUGGGGGGCUUGGCUGCUGCUGCUGCUGCUACUGCUCUGUAUUUGCCUCUUGUGAUCCUGUCCUUUGCCCAUGUCCACUCCCCCCAGGAGAGGCCGUGGUACCCCCUCUGCCCUAGAGUGUCCCUCUGCCUAGCAUCCCCUAGCCCAGCAGCUCUGCCCCUCCCCAGCAUCCCAGCUGGGCCAGAGAGAGCCGAUUGUGCCAACGAGGACUGGGCCCUGCCCAGCUGCCCACCUCAGGGAUGGGCACCUCAUGCCUGUCUCGCCACCUCCUGUGCCAAUGUUGUCCCACCUUCCCCACGUUGGGGGUGGGGUGCAGCUUCCACUUACUGGUUAGAAGACACUACUGCCCAACCUUUCCCCUCCCUGUCUGGUGUCCUGUGCCCCCAUCUGUCUGUCUGUCUGUACUACCCUAGGAGAAGUAUUUUGCCACAUAUAAAACCGCCUCCUGUCCUUUG